AUGUCUAAUCCUCUUGAGGAAUUAUCGGAUGGCCAAAACCAAGAAGUUUUGAUCGGCAGUAGUGGUGAUGGUAACAAUGCUAAAAGAGGAGAAGCACAUACAGAGAUGUCGUAUUUAAAUGCAAGACCUUUUAUCAAACCUGAGGUAUUGGAAUUCAGUAGUCCAGAGUUAGAAGAAAGGAACGAGAAUGCUUUUGUGCAAAACUAUGCAUUACAACAGAAUAAUAAUCAGACUCAUAAUGAUAGCAGUUAUAAUAAUAGUAAUAAUGAUAACAAUUAUGGUAAAAAUGGCGAGCCAUUGCCAAGUCUUAAUACCAAUGAAAUGUUCUUCUCACCUUCUUCCACGUCUUCUCAGAAUUGGAGAACUCCAACUCUAAAAGUAGAAGAUCAUGAUGGUUGGCAAGAGAUGUUAGAACCAUCACCAAUGAGUCAUCAAGAUGUACAGUCAUCACAGCCUUUCGAAAGUGAUAGGAGAUUUCUAAGCACUUCAAGUUGGCAGCCUGAAAAUGAUCCAUAUACAAGCGAUCUAGACUCAGAUUUUGGUGGUACUUCAAGUGUUUAUCAUACCCCGAAUUUGACUGCACAAGAUGCGACGAUUGCUUCACCCGCAAUGUCCUAUCUGACAACAGGUGAUGAUGAAGUUGAUGAUUUAUUAAGUGUUAAAUCGGGAGUGAGUAGUAACUCAAAUUGCAUGUUGCCAAGGAAUUCCGAUGGUUAUAAGCAUGUUACCAAUAUAAAUGAAUUGGAUAACUUGUUAACUGUUAUUAAUGAUCACUUUGACUUAGAGCUUAACGAUUUGGGGUCAUCGUCGGUUCCCAGUAAUAAUCAGGAGUUGAGAAGAGAUAUGGACUUGGAAAUGCCAAACCAACAACAGUCACAAUCAAUUCAGCCUCCACCUGUAAUAUCAAUUCAAGAAUUUCCCGAGCAACCUAUUAUGAAUAGGAAUGAAGAUCAACAUUUACCGGAACAGGAUUCUUCACCUUCACCAGAGGAAACGGUUCCCCUGCAACGACAACGUGAUAAGCAGCAUGAUGCUUAUUCAAACCUUAAACAGCAGCAAACACAACAGCAGCAAACACAACAGCAGCAAACACAACAGCAGCAACAACAACAGCAACAGCAGCUACAAAAUAUACUGUUGUGCCCGACGGAUAGUUUAUCAGAUGCGAGUUAUGAGGAGAUGCGUAGUGGCAGGAUAAAAAAAAGACGUGCAUCUCAUGGUUCAAGACGGUUAUCAAGGGCUUCUAGAUCUUCAAGUGUUUCACCCGACGAGAAAGCAAGAUCCCUAGGAGAAGAUAGUGACCGAUUAUUGGAACUAGCAGAUUUGCAACUACCCUCUCCAAUACCCAGUAGACAAAACAGUAACAAUAGCGGCGGUGAUACUAAUAAUAAUGCCAAUGAUAGUAGUAAUGAUUUUACGAAAGCUGGCGGUAAAUCUAUGGGUGCACUAGAAGAAGGCGAAACUUUACAGAAUUUAUCGGGAAAUACAAAGAAAAGAUUAUCCCAAAAGAAUCCUGCUGCCUUUGCAUGUGAAUUAUGCGGGAAAAGGUUUACUAGGCCAUACAAUUUGAAAUCACAUCUGCGAACGCAUACUAAUGAAAGACCAUUUGAAUGCUCCAUAUGUGGUAAAGCUUUUGCACGUCAACAUGAUCGUAAAAGACAUGAAGAUUUACAUACGGGUAAGAAAAGAUACGUCUGUGGUGGAACUCUGAAGAACGGUUCAUCUUGGGGGUGUGGUAAAAAAUUUGCGAGAAGUGAUGCAUUGGGUAGACAUUUCAAGACUGAAAGUGGUAGAAGAUGUAUAGUACCACUGUAUGAGGAAGCAUCAAGAGAAAAAGGUUUUAUUCCAGAUCUUCCCUGA